AUGCAGCUCAGCCGCUCUCAACGGACGCUCGACGUGUGCCUUCGUGCCGGCUGAUGCGAGCACGGUACGACGUCGCACGACACGACUAGCAACGACUCCAACCUGGUCAUUUUCGGCACGAUACGAUGGGCAGCUCUUGUCUGAGAGGCCGUCGUCACUUUCAGCAGCGUCCUAACUACGUCGAUGCAUCGCUCGAGCGUCCUCGGUCGGACACGGGCGCGGUCAUCCUGAUCGCACUCGCUGCUCGACCGAUGAGUGUGGUGAGCUCUUCAUUCAGAUAGUAUUCAACGGGAACUGCAUUCGCUCACCUCAUUGUUGUUGGUUUCUGCUGCUCACCACUCUAGUUCAACUCGCGCGUUCGACAUUGACCGACUCGCUGGCAUCCGAGCUUUGCACCGAACCGGUCUGUAACAUGUACGACCAUACUUUGCGCAUCCUUCAUCAGCACCAUCGAAGAGAUGCUCAGCUUUCCUGAGGUCUCGAAUUGAUGCACAUGUUACUCGACCCACAUCGCCGCACCCUGAACACCCCUUUCGACCAGUGACGAUUUCCUCCGCCACCCCCACAUUGUUCACUCGCGUCGUCAACGUCAGCCAAUCACACGAAUGCAGUCACUCGCUGUCACAUCUCUUUCUUGAUCGAAUCGAAGAGUCUCAUUGACGCCGCAAGCUCGGGGGUUGUCGGAACAUCUGUUGCUCGACUCGGCGAAUAUUUGACCGAUGCCCAUCCGCACCCAUCACCGACUUUCAAUCCGAUCCACCGGUCGACCGACCGAACCGACAAACCUUCAAAGCUCGGUCUCCCCCUGCCCGUGCCCAUCUCAUCACCACAACGUGCGAAGUAACAGUCUGCUCGCCCCUCGUGACGGCCGCCUCGACCACCUCGACCAUCAACCUUCCACCGCACUCGUGCUCGAUCGCCAUGGACUCACUGUCAUCAACUGACCUACUCGCCGUGAGCGCCAACCCCAGGAUCGCCCCAUUCUCGACUCAUCUGGCAAGUUCACCUAUCGCCACGCUUGACCUCAGCUCGUCUUGA